AUGGCUAAGACAAUGGCCUCAAGACAUACACUUAACACACUUGAGGUCCGAUUGAAUGACAUUUGGAUCAGUUGUCAGAAAGAGAUGUUAGAAAUGAGAGACAAAAUGACACAAAUGUCUGAUUGUCUUCAGAAAUCGGAUCUAAUUAUCGAUGAAAUGACAAAAAUGAAUGAAACUCUUGUAAAUAUACUCGAAGAAAAUCGUCGCAACGGAUCUAAGAGUCCAAACCUUCAUAAACUAUAUACAGAGUUCACAGGUUUGGAGGAAUCGGUUGACCGACAAAAAGACAAUUUACGCGCUCUUAAGAAGUGUUUGAAUGCAAACAAUGGACACAAUGUUAUGGAUUUGAUCCACAGUUGGAGACGAGUCGUCGAAACACGGGAGGAAUGUAUUCAAACUGUGAACAAUGUAUUUGAAGUGAUCCCAAAACGUGAACCAAUUGAAGAGACAAUCGGUGAACAACACGACAAUAACGACAAUUCAAAUGAUGUUGUCUCUGGCGAUGACUAUCAACCGGUGGACGAAAACAUGGAGACAAUGGAUGACAGAAGUGAUGCCGUGAGUGAUAGUGGAAGUGAAUAUUCACAAGAGGUUAGCGUUAAGAAUGAAGACAGCGAUAGUGAUUAUGAAGCGAAACCAAAGCGAAAGUCUAAGACAUCUCCCAUUAAGAGGAGAUCCAAGUUCUUCGACGUUACCGCCGAAGAAAUGGAUCAAUUGAUACGUCCGGAACACAAGAGGACUGACUAUUAUCUGUGCGCUGAAAGCGGCUGUUUAUUCACUACAGCCGAUAGGUUUAGGUUUUAUAAUCACCUCAAAAGACACGCAACUCAUGCCUUGACUCCCGAAGGGAUGCAACGCUUAGAGCGUAUGGACGACGCGUUACUCCCGAUGACUGAUCACAAACUGAAGGCAUUUGUGUGCAAUUGGCCGAAGUGUAAGUAUCGGUCGCAGAACAAGACGUUGUUUCACCAACACUACUACCGACACCAAAACGGGACCCGACCUACAGUUUAUAGGGCUCGGGAAGUGGUUUCCGAUCAAAUGGACAAAGACUUCGAAACUAAUAGCCAAGUGGUGGCCGACGACUCACAGAUGGACGCAUUGAUACUCCCGGAGCACAUUCGGGGCGACAAAUACUUUUGCAAUGAGAUAAUGUGUGGCUUUAGUACCGAAGAUAAGGAGAGAUUCUAUAACCAUCUGCGAAGACAUCAGACGCCGGGAAUGACUCGCGACAACUUUCGACGUUUAGAGCGUAGAGACGACGCGACUAUGCCUUUGUUGGACCGCAAGACCAGAACCUAUACAUGCGAUCGACCCGAUUGUGGUCACACGUCUAAGAGUAAACCCAACUUCUUUAAGCACGUUCUCAGUCACAUCGAUCCGCUCGACCCGGAAGAGGCCAAAGAGCGUCAUCGGGAGCGCAAACGGGCGACCUCGAGGGCCUAUCGGAACCGCAAACGCGCCCGACUCGACCAAAUGAUGGCCGAAACGAUGCCUGAUUUGAUAAAACCCGAGCACUUAGUGGACGGACAGACAUACGUUUGCGACCAUAUAUUGUGCGCAUUCAAGACACCAAACAGAGAGCGCUUCUAUAGUCAUAUGAAACGACACGAAACGCCGGGUCUGUCGAAGAAGGCGUUUCGCCAAUUGGAGCGAAUGGACGACUUGACACUUCCGCUGUGGGACUCGACGGACAACAUCUACGUCUGCAAUCGUCAGGACUGUGGCUAUCGGUCGACAUUCAAGUCCGAGUUUUAUAAACACGUGACCAAACAUUCGGAUCCUAACUAUACUCCCGACUCCAAACCCGGCCCGAAGCCGCGCGAAUCCGCGAAUUUGAUUGACAAACAGAAGCGCUAUCUCGAGCUGAUUAACGAACGAAUCGGCAAAUACUUAGUGGACAACGAGUAUGUGUGCGAUCAGAAUGACUGCGACUAUAAGGCGGCCAAUAAGAAGAAGUUUUACAGCCAUUGGCUUCAACACAACCCGUCAUAUCGGGCGCGUAAACCGUUGGCCGAACAGUUUGACUUAUCGCUGGAGCGACCGUUUAUCUGCGAUUGGCCCGAAUGCGGGUUCGCUUUCAAACGGGUCAAUCACCUCUCGGCCCAUAAGGAUCGGCACAUGAAUAUCAAACGCUUGGAGUGCGGUUGGCCCGGAUGUGACUAUCGCAGCAACUCUGGCCAUCACGUGAGAGAGCACCGGCGCACUCACACCAAGGAGAAGCCCCGGGCGUGCACGUGGCCCGGCUGUGAGUACAGGGCCAAUAGCCAAUGGGGAAUGACCGCACAUAUGCGCAAACAUACCGGUGAAAAGCCAUACGAGUGUCCGUUCCCGGAGUGCGGUUUCCGGACGUCACAGAAUUGCAUUCUGACCACUCAUAAGCGCCGACACACCGGCGAAAAGCCAUACGUUUGCACUGAAAUAGGUUGUGGUAAACAGUUUUCAUCGGCUUCCGGACUCUUCAUUCACCGCAAGAGUUAUCACAAAUCUAUGAGUUCGCCGACAAAGAGGGGACGCAAACCGAAACAAUCGCCACAAAAAGCGGACGAUGUGUCCAAUGAUUGCAACACUUCUGACGAGUGA